GAAAAUAGCAACAAGAAAAAAAAAAAAAGAAAAAAAUAAGAGAAUAUUAGGGGAAGUAGUCCUCAGGUCUGCUGCCCCCCCCACCCCCCUUCAGAAAGGGGGGGACCUAAAAACAUCAGUCUUGAACUUCUUCCUCUUCAAGAGCUCGGGCUGCAAAGGAAACCUCCUUUGUUUUUGUUAUUUAUAUGCUGUCAAGUUUUGAAGUGGUCACAGGGAAAGCUUGGCCUGGAUUGUGAGAGCCAUAUGGAACGGAUAAGUGCGGAGCCUCUCUCAAAUGUGAUCUUUAGAGGCGGGACUGAGUAUGGAUCAUUUGAACGAGGCAACUCAGGGGAAAGAACAUUCAGAAAUGUCUAACAAUGUAAGCGAUCCGAAGGGUCCACCAGCCAAAAUUGCGCGCUUGGAACAGAAUGGGAGUCCAUUAGGAAGAGGAAGACUUGGAAGUACAGGAACUAAAAUGCAAGGAGUGCCUUUAAAACACUCUGGACACCUGAUGAAAACUAAUAUUAGAAAAGGAAGUAUGCUUCCAGUUUUCUGUGUAGUGGAACAUUAUGAAAAUGCCAUUGAAUAUGAUUCUAAGGAGGAGCAUGCAGAAUUUGUGUUGGUGAGGAAGGAUAUGCUUUUCAACCAGCUGAUUGAAAUGGCAUUGCUAUCUCUUGGAUAUUCUCACAGCUCUGCUGCCCAAGCAAAAGGGCUUAUCCAGGUUGGGAAGUGGAAUCCAGUUCCACUCUCCUAUGUGACAGAUGCCCCUGAUGCUACAGUAGCAGACAUGCUGCAAGACGUCUAUCAUGUGGUCACACUGAAAAUCCAGUUACACAGUUGCCCUAAACUAGAAGACUUGCCUCCUGAACAAUGGUCUCACACAACAGUAAGAAAUGCUCUGAAGGACUUACUGAAGGAUAUGAACCAGAGUUCAUUGGCCAAGGAAUGUCCCCUUUCGCAGAGUAUGAUUUCUUCCAUUGUGAACAGCACUUACUAUGCAAAUGUCUCAGCAGCAAAAUGUCAGGAAUUUGGAAGGUGGUAUAAACAUUUCAAGAAGGCAAAAGAUAUGAUGGUUGAGAUGGAUAGCCUUUCUGAACUAUCCCAGCAAGGUGCCAACCAUGUCAACUUCGGUCAGCAGCCAGUCCCAGGGAACACAGCCGAACAGCCUCCAUCUCCUGUUCAGCUUUCUCAUGGUAGUCAACCAUCAGUUCGGACCCCGCUUCCAAACCUGCACCCUGGACUUGUAUCUACUCCCAUUAGCCCUCAGCUGGUAAAUCAGCAGCUGGUAAUGGCCCAGUUGCUGAACCAGCAGUAUGCAGUGAACAGACUUCUAGCCCAGCAGUCCUUAAACCAACAGUACUUGAACCACCCUCCUCCUGUCAGUAGAUCCAUGAACAAGCCGUUGGAGCAACAGGUCUCAACGAACACAGAGGUGUCUUCCGAAAUCUACCAGUGGGUCCGUGAUGAAUUGAAACGAGCAGGAAUCUCACAGGCAGUAUUUGCACGCGUGGCUUUUAACCGAACUCAGGGCUUGCUCUCAGAAAUACUCCGAAAAGAAGAGGAUCCCAAGACUGCCUCGCAGUCCUUGCUGGUAAAUCUUCGGGCUAUGCAGAACUUCUUGCAGCUGCCGGAAGCAGAACGAGAUCGAAUUUACCAGGAUGAAAGGGAAAGGAGCUUGAACGCAGCCUCUGCGAUGGGCCCGGCACCUCUCAUAAGCACACCGCCCAGCCGCCCUCCACAAGUCAAAACUGCUACUAUUGCUACAGAGAGGAAUGGAAAACCAGAAAACAAUUCCAUGAACAUUAAUGCUUCUAUUUAUGAUGAGAUUCAGCAGGAAAUGAAGAGAGCUAAGGUGUCCCAAGCACUGUUUGCGAAGGUUGCGGCAACCAAAAGCCAGGGGUGGCUCUGUGAGCUGUUACGUUGGAAAGAAGAUCCAUCACCAGAAAACAGGACCCUCUGGGAGAAUCUCUCCAUGAUCCGAAGGUUCCUCAGUCUUCCUCAGCCUGAACGCGAUGCCAUUUAUGAACAAGAAAGCAAUGCAGUUCAUCACCAUGGUGACAGGCCUUCCCACAUUAUCCAUGUGCCAGCAGAACAGAUUCAGAGCCCCUCUCCCACCACCCUUGGGAAAGGAGAGCAUAGAGGCGCUUUCCUACCAGGCCUGCUGACCGCUGGACCUUGGCUGGGUGCUGCUCCGCAGCAGCAGCAGCAGCAACAGCAACAACAGCAGCAGCAACAGCAACAACAACCAGGUCCCAGACUACCCCCAAGGCAACCGACAGUAGCAUCACCAGCUGAAUCUGAGGAUGAAAAUCGUCAGAAACCCCGACCGCGAACAAAGAUUUCUGUUGAGGCCCUAGGGAUCCUACAGAGUUUCAUACAAGAUGUAGGCCUGUAUCCAGAUGAAGAAGCAAUCCAGACUCUCUCCGCUCAGCUUGACCUGCCCAAGUACACCAUUAUCAAGUUCUUUCAGAACCAGCGAUAUUAUCUCAAGCACCAUGGGAAGCUGAAGGACAAUUCUGGUUUGGAGGUGGAUGUUGCAGAAUACAAGGAAGAAGAGCUGCUCAAGGAUUUAGAAGACAGCAUUCAAGACAAAAAUGCAAACACGCUUUUUUCAGUUAAACUAGAAGAAGAGUUAUCAGCAGAAGGGAACACAGAGAUUAAUGCUGAAUUGAAAGACUGAUCUAAAAGUAUUAUUUUCUUUCAACAGUGCCGCUGGUAUUUACUAAUGAAAUGAAAAUUCCAUCUUGCGUUGUGUCAAAAACCCUUAUUAUUCAUUGUUUGGCCAAUGAAUCUUCCAAAACUUGCACAAAAGUUGAAAAAAAGGAUAAUGCAGACUGCACUAGAUGUUUUACUCUAUUUUACAAACUGCUUCGCAGCAACAGAUGAAGCAUUGAGGAUUGUUUGAUAUUAAUUUGUGUUCACUGGAUACACUGUGAGUGUACCCAAUAAGCAUGAUACCAGUGAUUUUGAUUCUGGAGCCUUCAGACAAGCAUUACAACUUUUGUGAUUUACUGUUUUUUUGUUUCUGUUUUGUUCUUGUUUUUUAAUUAUUACUGUAGCACUCCACACUUGAUCUUUGAAAAAUCACAUUUAUUUAAAAAAAUAAAAUAAAAAGAGUUUGUUACUCUUGUUCUAUUGUAUGUUACAAAAGAACUAUAGACUGUGGAAUGCAGUUUAAAGAUAACAUAUGCCAACAAAUGCCUUGUAUUAUAUGGCACUGCCGUAAUUCAGAUUUGUUUUCUUUUGGAAAUAAAGGUCACUGUAUUUUUUUUUUUCCAUUCUCAUUGUUACAUGGUUUUAGAGAAAAAGAAAAAGAAAAUGUGAAACACGAUUUAGUCCUCAUUAUUUAUUUGUAGAUCCUGCAGCAUCAUGUUGUAAUUAAUUUUUUUGGAAGUUUCCGUUAAAUGUAAUAUUGCUUCUCUUGUUACCAUACUGAUUUUUUUUUCUAUUUAUAAAUGUAUUUUGAUGGGCAGUAAAACAAAGUGUCUUAAAAGUUUUAAAUAGAGAAAAUGUGCUUUACACAGUUGCCUAUAAAAAGUGCUCUAUGUUAUCCAAGCAAUUCAUACUAUAAGCUUCACUCUUAUUGUUGUAUGCAAUUUUUACUAUCAUGCAAAUAAGCUUAGGUAAAUAAAACUAAUAGAUCACCUUAGAAACUUAUGCAAUUAAUGUGAAAAUAAUUGAUGUUUGCAAUGUGUCUUCCUUUGGUUUACAAUCAAUUUUAAAGCUACAGCUGUAUAAAUUUUCUGUAUAAAGGUGUAUUUCUUUUUUAUGAGUUUAUUGCUAUGAAAACACCAGUUAUUUUGUUACAGCUGGCUGUUUUUAUAAGUGUAUCACAAUUUUCUUUAUGCAGAAAUGUUCUGACUAGGAGUGGUUAUUGACUGUAACUACACAAUUAAAAUUGUUUGUAUGGUAUGAUA